UUUGUCGCCAAGCAGCACGAUCAUGUUUGCCCCCGUCGCUUUCCUCCUCUCUGCUGUCGCCGCCGUCGCCCAGACCAACGUCACCAACGCGACGGUCCUUCUCCCGGCCAACAGCUCCUUCUUGCCUCCCAACGUGACGCUCGUCGCGGUCAACGGCACCUUUGGCGCCAUCAACGCGACCUUUACGAACGUGACGCUGGCCGGCAACGUCUCGGAGCCGACGAUCGUCUUUCCCUUCAACGUGACGCUGGUCAGCUGGAACGGCACGUUCGCCAACGGCACGGCUGCCAACGGCACGUUCGCCAACAGCACGUUUGCCGGUGUGAACGCGACGGGCCGCCCCGUGCUGCUCCCCAACGUCUCGGCGCCCAGUAACGCGUCGCUCGACGACGGCACGAUUCGGUUCCCUUCGAAGAUGUAAUCGGAUCCUAUACUUACUAAUCUAUUGUUUGUCCACGUUCGAA